AUGGCGGGAAUAUUGGCGGUGAUUGAUAAUUCGGGGUUCGAUAUUAAAUCACAAUGGCUUGUAUGUACUGAUCACAUAUCCCGCGACACCACUCAGUGACACAAAGUUGACGUAUUUAAACGCCCAUCUUGGGGACUGCUAUAGCUAUACGUGUGUUGGUAUGUACGUUACCCCGCGAAACCGUAGCUAGCCUCAGGACAAGUUUGAACAUGGGUGACUAUUAUCGCUGAAUAUCAAUAACAAGCCGUCUUGUUGCACUAGUACGCCAACAAUCAGUUGUGUGUUGCUUUUUGUAAGCAGAAGUUGGACUGUUGGCUAGAUGACAGCGGAGGUAUUUAAAAGACAUAUAUCACUUACAGAAAGAAACAAGAAAAGUGACAGAUUUGCUCUCUUGUUUCGUCGUCUGCUGGAAAAUUCAGGAACUUUCCCGGUUCGUCAGAUUGACAAGGUAGGGCGGGUAUUGACGCGUGAAUCAUUAUUGUGACAAAUGAUAUCAAACGUGUUUUGUUUCACACUGUUGGUGAAGCAGACGAUCGCCUUUUAACCGCAAGUGUUUUUAAGUUGUAGCAUUGAUUGUUGCUAGGCAGCGUGAGUGACAGUAAAUAUGAUAUUGACACUGACAGGCAUGUCAAUGAUCUAGAACGCCUUGAUCUGCGAGCAGACGACACACCGUGCUACGAUUUACAAUUUUCAGUCAAAAUGAAUUUCUCAAGAUUCCGUGAGACGGGAGACCUGUCGGAUCUGACAGUGACUGUAAAUGGAAGCACGUUUAAGUUGCAUAAAUUCCCACUGUUCACAAAAUCCGGGUACUUCAAUAACCUCGCACGCGGGAACAUGUCGGAUACUCAAAAGGUGGAGUUAACAAACUUCCCGGGUGGUCACGAUAUUUUCAGCCUCGUAGCUGAUUUCUGUUACAGCAUGAACUACGAUCUGACUAAAAACAAUAUCGUUCAAGUUCGGAGUGCCGCGGAAUAUCUCCAAAUGAACGGAGAAGCAAAUCUUAUCGAGAUAUCUGAAAAAUUCCUCCAAGAUACAAUAACGUCUGCUAAAAUGAGUCGUUCAAGUGCUGGCAUCGUUACCUUGUUGUUAUAUUGUGCUACUGUCGGGACACUGGCGGAGAGAGCUGGAAUAGUGGACCAGUGUAUCGAGGCUCUGGUUGACUGCUGGGUAAAACUGCCUACCAGAUUCAGCAGCCCGACAUCCAAGAAGCCACCAGAGGAGAAAAGUGAGAAAGUUUCCAGUAGCCUAUACACUCUACCUGUUGAAUGGUUUGUUAAAAUUCUAACACUAGGAAAUGAAAAGGGAGUAAAGCUCUCCGAACUAGGAGAAAUGGCGAUCAGAUAUGUCACCAUCUCUUUAGAAAAAGAUGAAGCAGACGACAGCAAAUCGAAAUCAGAUUCUAAAGGAAAGAGCCAAGAGCAAGAUGAUUCCACCAAAACGAAUACACUAAGUCCGAAAUCUACAGAUAAAUCAAUCAUAAAGGUUGACAUUUCGAAAGUCCUCGAUACAAUCCUUGUGGUGUUGCCUGAAGAGGCUUAUGUUGUUUCGGAGGUGACGACAGAGUGGGUAACGAAGGUUCUGAGGAUCGCAACAGCUCGUGGUUGUUCUUGUCGUGAACUCCUAGUCAAGAUUGCAGGAGAAAUGCUCAACAAACUCUCCCCGGAGGAUUUGUGUAUUAUCUCGCCGUCAGUUCUACACGACAUCGUGCUGGAGUCGUCCAGGGGCGACGGAGACCAUGCCGAGAAGGCAUGCAAGCUCGUGGAUACCUAUAUGUCUGAGAUGGCAAGUAAAGGCGUCCUAACGGCAGAGACGUUCAAACUCCUAGCGUCCGCGGCGCCAUCUGGCGGCAGAGUCUCUCACGAUAAGAUGUAUGAGGUCCUAGAAUACAUCCUCAAAACAGAGAAGGAGAAGCUUGGCAAGGAGCAGAAGCGUGAGCUCCUGGAGCAGAUCAACUUCAACUUGUUGUCGGAGGGGACGCUGCAGCGAGCCUUCGACUCGGAGAUCGUUCCCCAGUCUCAUGUUGCCAGGGGCGCCUUGGCGCUGUGCCACAAACUGAGGUCCGAGCUGGACUCGGUCAAGUACAUCGCCGAGAUGCAGGAGGAAGAGCUACAGAAGUACCAGGCCAGGGCAGCCACGUCACCCCUGGCGCCGGCCAACGCCUCCAGGAACUCGGAUUCCGGUUUUUCUGACUCCCGGGAGAGUCUCAAGGCCAGCCCCGACACCACUGAUGCCGUGAAGGCUGCCCAAGACGUCCUUUCAGCAGCCAGGUCCAAACUGUCCGGGCCAAUCUAUUCCAGUCACCGCGUCUCCCACAUGCCCUACACCACCCAAACCUCCUCCUACCCACACCCCACCGGUGUCGAGCACGACAUCAGCCUCGAUGAUGAACUGGAGUUCAAGUUCGACCGCACCUUCCGGAGUCUGGACCAGAGAGCCAAUCAGCGACGUCCAACGUACAACCCUUCUUCCAGUCACACUAAACAUCGAACGUACUUCCCAUAUUCACAUAGGUACUAGAUUUGACAGGCUUUGACCAGUCCAAAAGUUCGGUGUCUGAUAAAAAAACCGUAUUCCUUAAGUUUUGAGACUUGCCCCCCUAACAAAGACUGGAUGUAUUCAUGACAACUCCUAACAUAUGAAUGCAAAAUAGAUCGGUUUUAGUUCAGUUACCGCAUAAAACAUUGAGGAAUAAGGUAAGUGGCCAUAGUAAAACACACACACACACACACACACACACACUAAACAGAAAGAAUAAAGAUUUUAUAUCCGACAUCGAACUUUUGAACUGGUCCCUUGUUGGCUAAAGUUUGGCUCUGGGUCUAUAACCAUACCAUUGUGACAUUUAGUAUAAGAAUCUACUGUAUGAAAAUUCAUGAAAUGCAGAAAAUAUGCAACAUGCAACAAAACGGGUGAAAAAUGGCAAGGUGUCUUUUUUAUUUGUGAGGGUUUGUAUCAAAGAUUAAUGUGGUGUAAAUUCGCCACCAACUCAGUGACUAGUAUUAAAGAAAAGAUGACAUGUUGUUUUGUAGGAGUCCGUAACUAAAUCAUAAAGUCUUUGAAAGAAUCCCUACUUUAUGUACAUAUCUGUAAUAUGUGAUUGAUUAAUUCAAACUACGACUAUAUUACGUCUGUGUAUAUAGAUAGUGCGUUUUUAUAAUUACACCUUAGGCUUCUAUUGCCAAAACUGAUUAUGGAAGUAUAAAGUGUUGUUAAUAACACGUCGUUUUUACACAGAAAUGAUCAACUGAAUGCGAAAAUUUGAAGGUAAUUAUUUCAAGAAUGACAUAUUUUAGACUUCCUGUAUGAAGAUUAUACUGGAAUAGUGCGUGUAUGUGAUGAGGAGUUGUAACUUAAAAUUAUAAAGUCACUUAAUUAGUAAGUCAAAUUGUGUUCUAAAUGUCACUUAUUUGCCCGAUUCCGUGGCUGUCAUGACUCAAGCAUAUAUGGUGCCGAUGUAUUCUUUACCAUGUUUUUCUUAUAAAUCUGAAAUAAGAUUGUACUUGUGUAAUGAACGCUAAAAACGUUUUGCGUAUAGAAAUUGACUUUUAUUCAACAACUGCGAUGUAUUACAAAGUGCUAGACUAGAACCAGGUCUAAUGAUGAUAUAUAUAUACGUGCUAAAUCAGGACGAAACCCGCUCGUGGAACCAGUCUGUAUAAUAUAUUAUAACACAUCUUAUGCCUAUAUACCUUUGUUCGGUAGGCUAACUGACACGAUACAACGAAAUGAAACCACUGUGUUUGUACUGGAAACAACGCCAAAAUAUUGUUGAGAGACUGAACGAUUGGUUUAUACAAAACUGAAAAGCUAAAAAAAAGAACUAUCUUCCUCCACAACGUUGAGUAUGAUAUAUCAAUUUUUAUAAAAUAUUUGUGAAACAUGGAA